CGGGAGCGAGGGAGAGAGCCAAGGCCUAACGAGGUACGUUAACGGGGAAUUUCAUCGAUGCUCACGGAUUGCCCUCCGGUUAGGGUUAUACUCGUAAUUCCAGUGCAGAGCGGGUCGGGGAUGGCUCGAUUUGGAUUCGGGACGUGCAUCCGAAGAGCUACCGCGUAGUGCAGAGGUCGACAUCGGUGACCCGAGCUGGCGAUUUCUCGAUCUUUGCCGCGAUUUUGACAGUGCCUGCGUCCGGGGGAGGUCAUGUCCACUCUUGAAAUCGAAGCGAGGGAUGUCAUCAAAAUAGUGCUGCAGUUCUGCAAAGAGAAUUCUUUGCAGCAGACAUUUCAGACACUUCAGAAUGAGUGCCAAGUGUCUCUUAAUACAGUUGACAGUCUGGAGACAUUUGUCGGGGACAUCAACAAUGGUAGAUGGGACGCAGUUUUGCCCCAGGUAGCCCAGCUCAAGCUCCCACGGAAGAAGCUGGAAGAUCUCUAUGAGCAGAUUGUUCUUGAAAUGAUAGAGCUUCGAGAGUUGGAUACAGCCAGGGCAAUAUUGCGACAGACCCAGGCCAUGGGUUUCAUGAAGCAGGAGCAACCUGAGCGUUAUUUGCGCUUGGAGCAUCUUCUAGUGAAGACCUACUUUGAUCCGCGUGAGGCGUAUCAAGAAUCAUCGAAGGAGAAACGAAGAGCACAAAUUGCACAAGCUUUAUCAGCAGAGGUUACUGUGGUGCCUCCGUCCAGGUUGAUGGCAUUAAUUGGGCAAGCUCUCAAGUGGCAACAACACCAGGGCCUGCUUCCUCCGGGGACGCAGUUUGAUCUCUUCAAAGGUGCCGCUGCGGUGAAGGCUGACGAGGAGGAGAUCUAUCCUACAACACUCGGUCACACAAUCAAAUUUGGGAAACAAAGUCAUCCCGAAUGUGCAGCAUUUUCACCUGAUGGACAGUAUCUUGUUUCAUCAUCUGUCGAUGGAUUUAUUGAGGUUUGGGACUACAUUAGUGGGAAAUUGAAGAAAGAUCUCCAGUAUCAAGCUGAUGAUGCCUUCAUGAUGCAUGAUGAUGCUGUGCUCUGCAUCAGUUUCAGUAAGGAUUCGGAAAUGAUUGCCUCUGGAUCUCAAGAUGGAAAGAUCAAGGUGUGGAGAAUAAGAACAGGUCAGUGUUUGCGUCGAUUUGAACGGGCACACGGAAAGGGUGUGACUAGUUUGUCAUUUUCAAGAGACGGGACGCAAAUCUUGAGCACGUCUUUCGAUGGCACCGCAAGAAUACAUGGUUUGAAAUCAGGGAAGAUGUUGAAAGAGUUCCGUGGUCAUACUUCCUACGUGAACGAUGCAAUAUUUACAAGUGAAGGAGGCAGAGUGAUAACUGUUUCUAGCGACGGGACCGUGAAAGUGUGGGAUGUGAAAACUACGGAGUGCUUACAAACAUUCAAACCACCACCGCCAUUGAGAGGAGGUGAUGCGUCCGUGAACUCAGUACACCUUUUUCCGAAGAACGUGGAGCAAAUUGUUGUCUGUAAUCGUGCAUCUUCGAUUUACGUUAUGACACUGCAAGGCCAGGUCGUAAAGAGUUUUUCUUCCGGAAAGAGGGAGGGUGGAGACUUUGUCAGUGCCUGUAUUUCGCCCAAAGGGGAUUGGAUCUAUUGCGUUGGUGAAGACAGAAAUAUUUACUGCUUCAGUAAUCAGUCGGGCAAGCUGGAGCAUCUUAUGAAGGCACAUGAAAAGGACAUCAUCGGCGUGACCCAUCACCCACAUCGAAAUUUGCUAGUCACAUACAGUGAUGACAAUACCAUGAAGCUAUGGAAGCCUUGAUCUUUUCCCGUUCUCUAAGAACGUUGAGCAGUUAACACUUGACUUUCACGUUCACGAAGUUCUUCUCAACUGGCGUUCAGACAGACAGUUUGGCGUGCUCAGGAUCGUCACAAUCCUUGGUUUCUGGCGAUUGCAAAACGGUGGUGGAGGCAGGUCAAGAUUCGCUCUUAACCCGGUAAAGGCCUGCUCACGAAGUCUGCAUUCCAGUCAGGCACCUACCUCGAAUGAUGCAGCAGUGUCUCUGCUGUGCGUUGUCACAUCGGCACCGACUGCUUCCGACAUAUGACAGAGGAGUUGAGAAGAAAAAGAGGUUUGCCGACUUCAUAUUAAACUGUCUAGCAAAGUAUGGUCGAUAAUCCUCAGUGUAGGGCAUAAGAAUGGUAUGCGCUCAGGGAAUCGAGUCUCUUUCUCGGGGUGUCGUGUGAUACUAUUGUUCAAUGCAAGAAAGGGACACGAGCAGGGUGCUGCGACAGACUCUCUUCAGUAGGUUCAGGAGCUACCAGAUCAAGAUGACAGGAGAUGGAGUGAUCACAUGCGCCGAUUCCCUUCUAGCCGCACGUGUUCCUGUAAAUUUUGAUCGGGAAGGAGUGGGUCAAGUCAUUCAAGUCAGAGACGAAGGGUUUAUACUCGGAUGUCUUCAGCGGCAGUUUGUGCGCGAGAUUUGUGAGCCUUGUAUUGGUUUAUGAUUGUGCAAACUACGGGGGUCAGGUGGUUUCUUUAACUGAUAGUCGGAGCCUUUGACACGAGAUAGUUAUGCAGUCAAGUGUAGGCCUCGUUCUUCCUGGGGUGCACAUGUGUGCCGUAAAAUCUGCCAUCUUGUAACAUCAACCUUUAUUGUGCCAUCAUUUCCUCAACCUUGGCUUCGGCAGCCAAAUGAAUAUAGC